AUGAGGAGGCUCUGGCUAGGUCUUCUAGCUGUGAGCAGCGUUGUGCUCGCAGCUUGGAAUGCCUCAGAUGAUGCGUCGAUAUGGGAAAAUUAUGUGGAAGACUCGAAUUAUCACGAAUUUAUGAGCACCGAAAGCGAACGAGGAUUGUUCCCAAACAUCUUCAAUUUGGCAACGAACUCUCUGAUUAUGUCAACAGCAACAUGCGGACAAUACUCAACAGAAGAAUAUUGUAAGCUAGUCGAACACGUUCUUCUUCGAAAAACAACGAACACUCAGUCACCUCAAUGUGAUAUUUGUGAUGCAAACAACGUUCAUAAACGGCAUCCGAUCGAGUACGCAAUCGAUGGAACCAGAAGAUGGUGGCAAUCUCCUUCGUUGGCAAAUGGAUUGGAUUACGAGAAAGUGAAUAUCACAAUUGAUUUGAGGCAAGAAUAUCAAGUGGCUUAUGUCAUUAUCAAGAUGGGAAAUGCACCGAGACCUGGAACAUGGGUGUUGGAGAAGUCAUUGGACGGAGAGAACUAUGAACCAUGGCAGUACUUUGCAAUGCAAGACGCUGAGUGUAUGAGACAAUUCGGAAUUCCUGCCACUACAGGAGUGCCGAGAUUCCAAAGAGAUGAUGAGGUUCAUUGUACUUCUGAAUAUUCAAAGAUCACUCCGUUAGAAAACGGAGAAAUUCACACUUCAUUGGUAAAUGGAAGACCGGGAGCCGAGAAGCCAAGUCUCGAAUUACAAAAGUUUACGAGAGCAAGAUUUGUGAGACUGAGACUUGUUUCACCGAGAACUCUGAAUGCAGACUUGAUGAUUAUUAAUAAGAAAUCUCAUUCUUUGGAUAAAUCUGUGACAAUGAGAUAUUUCUACUCAAUUUCUGACAUUUCAAUUGGAGGUCAAUGUAUUUGUUAUGGUCAUGCUGAGAGUUGUCCAAGUGAUCCAGUUACUGGUCAAUUCAAAUGCGAAUGCCGUCACAAUACUUGCGGAGAGUCAUGUAAUCGUUGUUGCCCACUUUUUAAUCAACUUCCAUGGAAACCUGGAACCAACUCUCAUCCGAAUGUCUGCCAACAAUGUCAAUGUUUCAAUCAUGCUCACACUUGUGUUUAUGAUGAAGAAUUGGAUAGAAAUAAGUGGUCAAUUACACCGGAAGGAGUGUAUGAAGGAGGUGGAAGAUGUCUAGAAUGUACUCAUAACACAGAGGGAUUCAAUUGUGAAAGAUGUAAAGAUGGAUAUUAUAGACCGUCCGGAAUGUCACAUUACAGAGAAGACGCGUGCCGUACUUGUGAAUGCGAUCCAGUCGGAAGUGUAUCUGAUGCCUGUGUUCGAGAUGAUCAAAGUGCUGAAAACGGUCAAAAACCAGGAGAUUGCAUUUGUAAACCAGGAUUCGGAGGAAGACGUUGUGAGAGAUGUGCUCCAGGAUACCGUAACCAUCCAACUUGUGAACCAUGUCCAUGCAAUCGUGCUGGAAGUGUUAACUUCGAUACGUGUGAUGGAGCAAGUUGUCAGUGUAAAGCGAAUGUUGAGGGAAUCUAUUGUGAUAGAUGUAAAGCUGGAACAAUUCAUUUAUCUGCUUCGAAUCAAUUGGGUUGUCAAGCAUGUUUCUGCUUUGGAUUAACGAAUAAUUGUACUCAAACCGAAUGGAAUACUGCACAAAUCACGAAUAAUGUUGGAUGGAAUUUGACUGAUUUGACUGGCGGAAAAGAUGUGAAACCAGAAGUUGAGAAUGGAGAAGUACUCAUGUUCAAUGCGAAUCAAAACCAAGAUCGAAGUCUGUAUUAUUGGAAAGCUCCAGAGAGUUUCAAGGGAAAUAUGUUGAACAGUUAUGGAGGAUAUCUUCAUUAUUAUGUAUACUACGUUCCCACUGAACAAGGUGCUCAAGUGCCAGUUCCAGAUGUCUCAAUUGAGGGAAAUGGGAUUAAAGUUGAGUAUUACUCGAGAAUUGAAUUCCUUCCUAGAGAGAAUAUGACAGUGACAAUUCCAAUUCGAGAGGGCAAUGGAUGGUACAAUGCGGCGACUCGGAAUGCAGUUGACAAGGCCGAUUUGAUGAGAGCAUUGGCUCAUGUUGACAAGUUUAUGGUCAGGGCGAUGUAUCAACAACUGCAAUUACAGUCGAGUAUCUUCGGAUUGUCUUUGGAUACAGCUGUCCCUGCUCCAGAUGAGAUUAUUGAAGAUGACAAUUCUCUGAGCGCUUUGAGUUAUCACAAUCAGGAUACAUUGAUGAGAGGAGUGGAAGUUUGUCAGUGUCCGGAGAACUUUGGAGGAAAUAGUUGUGAAUCUUGUAAAAAAGGAUACAGAAGAGUGAACGAUCAGUUGUAUGGAGGACGGUGUGAGAAGUGUAAUUGUGAAGGACACUCGGAUGAAUGUGAUCCAUUCACAGGAGAAUGUAUUAAUUGUCAACACAAUACAACUGGAAGUCGAUGUGAAAGAUGUCAACCUGGAUUCUAUGGAAAUCCAUCUCUCGGUGGAGAACUUGGUGCCUGCUGGCCUUGUGAAUGCCCGAGCCUUGACAACAAUCGAUCACCGGAAUGCAUGAUGACUGAAUUGAUUGUGUCCGGAGCAGCGGCUGCGAAUGAAGAUGAUUACGUGUGUACGGCUUGUGAACGUGGAUACGAAGGCAACAAAUGUGAGCAUUGUUCUGAUGGCUUCUUUGGGGAUCCGAUGAAUGGAACCUGCGAGGAAUGCACCUGCAAUGGAAACAUUGACCCGAUGGGAAUAGGAAAUUGCGACACGGAAACUGGAAAAUGUCUGAAAUGUAUUGGACACACAACUGGAGAUUCAUGUGAAGUCUGCAAAGAGAAUCACUGGGGAAAUGCUCAAUUACACACGUGUAAACCAUGUGGAUGUCAUACCCAAGGAGCAGUCAAUCCACAAUGUAACGAAGAAAAUGGAGAAUGUGAAUGCAAGGAGAACUACAUUGGAACUCAAUGCGAUAGAUGCAAAGAGAAUCAUGGAGACGUGGAUAAUGGAUGCCCUGCGUGUGAUUGUAAUGAGACGGGAAGUAUUGGGACGGACUGUGAUCAAGUCAGUGGACAAUGUAACUGUAAACAGGGAGUAUUUGGAAAACAAUGCGAUCAAUGCAGACCUUCUUACUUCAAUUUCACUGAUGCCGGAUGCCAGUUUUGUCAUUGCAAUAUUUACGGAUCGAUCGAAGAUGGAAAAUGUGAUCAAGUCAGUGGAAAGUGUGAAUGCAGAGAGAAUGUCGAAGGAACAAUGUGUGAGAAAUGUGCUGAUGGAUAUUUCAAUAUCACAAGUGGAGAUGGCUGUGAAGACUGUAAUUGUGAUCCAACUGGUUCUGAAGAUGUCUCUUGUAACCUGGUAACCGGUCAAUGCGUCUGCAAACCAGGUGUCACUGGCACAAAAUGCGACAAAUGUCUUCCGAACUUCUACGGACUCACCAACGAAGGAUGUUCUGAAUGUGAGCCUUGCCCUGCUCCAGGACAAGUUUGUGACCCAUUGGAUGGAAGUUGUGUCUGUCCACCGAAUACAGUUGGAGAAAUGUGUGAGAAUUGUACGACGAAUGCAUGGGAUUACCAUCCACUGAAGGGAUGUAAACUGUGUGAUUGUUCGGAUAUUGGAAGUGACGGAGGAAUGUGUAACACACUCACGGGACAGUGUAAAUGUAAGCAAGCUUACGUUGGAUUGAAGUGUGAUCUCUGUACUCAUGGAUUCUUCAACUUCCCAACUUGCGAGCCAUGUGGAUGUAAUGCGGCUGGAACUGAUCCAUUGCAGUGUAAAGAUGGACAAUGUUUGUGUAAUGAAUUGGGAGAAUGCCCGUGCAAGAAAAACGUCCGUGGUCAAAAAUGUGACGAAUGCGCGGAAGGAACGAUCAGCUUGGAUGCUUCGAAUCUCAAGGGAUGUACUGAGUGUUUCUGUUUCAAUCGCACCGCCACUUGCGAGCAAUCAAGUCUCGUUUGGCAACAAAUGUAUGCGGAAGAUCGAAGAGCCGUUUUCCAAGAACCAUGGGAGUUCUACAGUAAGAAACAUAAUAUAAAUCUUCUUAGAAGCUCUCCAUCCCACUUCAACAGCUACCCAACCGAUGCGACUCCUCUCUAUUGGCCCCUCCCCACUACAAUGCUAGGGGACAGAUCGACAAGUUACAAUGGAUUUUUGAGAUUCAAAAUCUGGAAUGAGGAUAAUAGACGAGGAUUACAUGGAAUACGCCCGGAUCAACAGUACUUCAGAUACUUCCCUCAAGUGAUCAUUGUUGGAAAUAAUCGAAUUGAAUUGGAACAUAUUCCAACAGAAAUAAAUGAGGAUGGCAUUUAUAAGAUUAGAAUCCACGAAUCCGAAUGGCGUGCCCGUCACUCUCCAGAAUUGAGUCUUACCCGUAAACAGCUGAUGGUUGCUCUCCAGAACGUCCAGGGAAUUUAUGUGCGUGGAAGCUAUAAUUAUCCAGCAAGAGGGGACGCUAUCAAUAUUCAAGAAAUCUCUUUGGAUGUCGCUGUUCCUGAAUCCAAAAUCGUUGCUGGUCUAUCCACUUCAAAAGCUAUUGGAGUUGAGAAAUGUUCUGGUUGUCCACAAGGAUAUUCUGGUCUUUCUUGCCAGAAUCCAGACGAGGGAUACUGUAGAAAGAAGCAUCGAGAUUACUUGAAUCAAGCGGACGACCUUGCAUUAAUCGGAUGGAGUGAACCAUGUUCUUGUCACGGGCAUUCUCAGACAUGUAACCCGGACACGUGUGUUUGUACUGAUUGUGAGCACAACACAUUCGGAGAUUUCUGUGAACAUUGUCUCCCUGGAUACAUUGGAGACGCGAGGGAAGGCGGGGCAAACGCAUGUACUAAGUGUGCCUGUCCACUGGUUGAGAACUCAUUCAGUGACUCUUGUGUAGCUGUUGAUCAUGGUAGAGGAUAUGUCUGUAAUGCCUGUAAACCUGGAUACACUGGACAAUAUUGUGAGACUUGUGUAGCUGGGUACUAUGGAGAUCCACAACAUAUCGGAGGAACUUGCACUCCCUGUGACUGUCAUCCAGAUGGAUCACUUCAUGGAGCAUGUAAUCCGCUGACUGGACAAUGUGAAUGUAAACCUGGAGUGACUGGAAGAACUUGUUCAAUGUGUCAAGAGAGACAUGCAUUCAUCAAUAGAGUGUGCACUUCUUGCGACCAAGGAUGUUAUCUGCCACUUAUGAUGACAAUGGAUGAUAUGGAGGAACAUCUUGGACGACAGAAUUUCACUGGAUUGAAACCGAUUCCAUGGAAAAGAGUAUGGAGAAUUGGAAAUGAAUCUCAAGACUUGGCUGCUUUUGUCGGAGGAAUUGAUAAAGAUGGAGAGAUUGUGAAGGAUAGUAAAUGGGCAAAAGAUGCAUUUGGACUAUUGGAUGAAGUGAAUUUCCAAACUGGGCGAUCCAAUAAAUCUGCUGUUUCGAUCAAGCAGUUCACGGAUAUCGCUGAGAAAUUGAUUCUCGAUGCCCAGAUUUACUACGCCAACGCUUUCAAUACUACGAAUUUCCUGAAAAUGUUUGCCGAGCAUGGAGCAACAACAGUCGGUGGAGCUGCAUUGGAUGGGAUGCUGAUGGAAGCGGAAGCUCAUUUAAAUGCAACUGUUGAACGAGGAGAAUAUAUUGAGAAACGGCACAAUAGAGCUCAACAGGAACAUCAGAAGGCAGAGGAACUAUUGAAAUUGGUGACUGCACAGAAAUUGAAUGAGACAAUUUUCGAGGACUUGAAGAAUAGAAUCGAUGUUUUGGAGCAGUGGAUGAAUGAUUAUAGAGAAACAAUCUACGAUAUCGCGAAGAAAGAAACGGCAGAUGCAGAAAGAAUGAGUAAUGUUGUUGGAAAACGAAUUGAUAGAUAUAAGGAAGUGUCGAAUGAAAUUGAGAAAAUACGAGUGGAAGCUGAAGAUCAGAUUGCAUUUUCAAGGAAUGCGAUUGAGAAAGCUAGAUCUGAGGAAUUGAUGAAUAUGGUCGAGGAUAAGGAAAAGAUUAAUAUGACUUUGACCGAGUUGCCGGAAUUGGUCGAGAAGUGUCAGAAUAUCACUUUAUUAUAUUCCCAACUAAUUGAUGAAUACGACGAGGAAUAUGUCCAAGCUUCCAACAAACAUGCAUCUGAACUUGAAAUACAAGCUCAAAAAAUUGUUGAUCGUUUCACAGAAACAAGAACUGAAACUGAGAAUCCACUGAAAGCAUCUCACGCUUAUGAGAAUAUCGUCGAAGCACUCAAGAAUGCAACUGAAGCAGUCGAUUCAGCUGCAGCUGCAUCUGAGGCAGUGUCGAAGAUGUUGGCUUCUGAUUCAGGAGAUGGGAAUGAAGAAAGUUUGGCUAGUCAAUUGGCAAGAUUGAGAAAUGGAAGUUCUGUUGAUGACGUGGAUACGAAAAGUGCUGCAGAACAAGUGGAGCAGCUGAGAAAAGAGAGGAAGGAGUUGAUGGAUCGUCUCGGAUACGUGAAUGAAAUGAAAAUUGAUAUCGUGAAAAGACUUGGAGUAAUCAAGAAUGAAGCGUCUUCAUGGGAUGAUAAACACGAUCGAAUGCAUUCUGUGUUGAAGAAUGGAGCGAAGACAGCGCAUGAAAGAUCAGCAAAUGUGAAGAAAGAGUCAGAAGCAAUCAAAAAUGAAAUCACAGCGGUGAAAGCAGAAGUAGAGAAACUGAUGAACAGUACUUCCAGUGGAGUUCAAGAAGAUAUGGAGAAGAUUCGAUCAUCUCGAACUGGAAUGGAAUAUGGAGCCCAGAGACUCUCAAAAGUUGGAAAACUAAGUACAGCCAAUCAGGGAAGAGCUGACAAAAUGGCUAGAAACAUUGCUCUUCUGAAAGAUAAAAUCGAGCAGGCGAGAGAAAAAGCUUAUCAAAUCCGACUUUCUUUGAAUUCCGGAGAGCGUGGACUCUGCAAAAGAUCCUAUAUUUCACCAGCAUCUCCUUCACCAAUCAAUUCCUUCCACAUCUCGUACCGCCCAUUACAACGUGUUUCUGAUGCUGUUGUAUUGGUAAGUAAAACGAAAGGAAGACGAACUCAAGCAUCUGAAUAUGUGGCUGUGGAGAUCAGAGAUCAACGAGUUGUAGUCCAUUGGGAUAUCGGAUCUGGAAAGAAAAUGAUAACGAAUAGUCAUCCGAUCAAUUAUGUUCCUUCCAAUGAUCGUGUCACUUGGUAUCAUAUCGAUAUAUUGAGAAUAGGAAAUGCUCUCAAUCUGACUGUUGCACUCAAAGAAAGUUAUGAUGGAGGAUUCAAGCCACGUGGUGCUCCGGUGUCUGUAUUUGUUGGAAAUUCAAAUGAUGAUAAUUCAAUUUUCAACACAAUUCCUGGAGAGACUACUGUUGACGUGGGAACUGAUGAACCAACGGCUUCUGAUAUCGGACUCAUCACUCAUAAAUUCAGUGGAAUUGUCGGUGGAUUGAGAAUCGAUGAAGUGCCAUUACCCCUCUGGUCAUUCGAAUCAACUACUGGAGAAUGUGAAGGAGCAACUGCCCCACCGAAGACAUCUCAAAGAGGAUAUCUGUUCCGUGAUGGAUUUGCAGAGGUCUCUAUGAUGGUCUCAGAGAGAACUAUGUCUGCAAUCACUGUCAUUUUCAAUGCAUUCUCUCCAAACGGAUUACUGUACUUCCGUGGAAGUGAGAACAGUGGAGACUUCGUGGCAAUCUAUUUGAAUGAUGGAAAAGUUAUAUUCAAGAUCAAUUUGGGAGGUGGAUCGACUGCCGAGCUAGCUUCUCAGAAUGUGUAUAAUGACGGAAAGGAACAUACAGUGAAGGCGAUUCGAACUGGAAGUGAGAUGUAUCUUCAAGUGGAUUCAGAUGCCGAUAGAUUCAAUACAGUGAUUACUGGAGAGAAUACGGCAUUGAACAUUGAUAAUGAACAACACUAUGUUGCUGGAGUCCCGAUGACUUUGAAUAAAGAGAAAUUCUCGGAUUACUCGAUUAAUUGGAAUGGAUUUAUUGGAUGUAUUCUGACUGUGAAACCAUCUCAAGUCGGAGAACUUGAUUUGGAUCAUCCAGAACAUUCUCAAGGAAAAUCAGAUGGAUGUUCAUUCGAAACGUCGACGGACAAGACAAUUGGAUUCCCGAAACCUGGAUUUUUGAUCACAAAUGGAGUAUCAAUUGAUAACAAUUCAACGUUUGGAUUCUCAUUCCGAACCCGCGAAGAGAAUGGAACACUCAUCUAUCAGUCAUCAAAACUACAAAAAGUAACGAAGAGAGACACUGAAUCCGAUGGACAAGGAUACAUGGCAUUCUACUUGUUCCGUGGAUAUCUUGUUCUUCACUUCGGAAAAGAUGCUUCGUCGAGAAAAGAAGUCGUCACUUUCCGAUCAACUCAUGCGUAUAAUGAUGGACAAGUUCAUGCAGUUUUUAUGUCGAGAAGUGGGAAGACAAUCUCUGUGAAAGUUGACGACAAGGAAAUAGGAGAAAGUCAGACUCUUCCGGAUGAAUCUCCAGUUGGAACAUCAUCUGGUCGUUUGAUUCUCGGUGGAUUCAGUGACGAUCUCAAGCCUCCAAACAACGAGAUUCCAAUCACUUCCUUCUUUAUCGGAUGUAUUUCUGAUGUAUUCCUGAACAUGAAGCGUGUUUCCUUGACUCCUGAGAAACAUAAUGCUCAAAUUGGAAUGUGUACUUUGGAUGAGAGUAAUGGAAUGGUACCAAUUGAUGAUCCAAUUGAUGGAGAUGGCCAUAAUGGACAUAGGAAAGCAUCGAAAUUGAGCUUCGAAGCAACAAACCGCAACUACUAUGAAGUCUCUACGCAAGCAUCUCAUCUCGUUAUGAAUCCAAACGGAAACGAGGAAAGUCAGCCAACAACUGGGGAAAAGACAUGUGAAACAUCAAUUGGAUCUCUACGUGGAGCUGUUAGAUACGGAUUAUCGAAGUCUUCACACAGUAGAAUCAAUUUCGAAGCUCCUUAUCCGAAUAUUACAGAUUUUACUGUAAAAUUAUCGCUUCAAACUGAAUCUUCGAAUGGAAUGAUCUGGGCAUGGGCAAACUACAAAAACUACACUCGUUACAUUUUCCUUGAUUUGAUUGAUGGAUUCGCAACUCUUGAAGUGAAAGGACACAAACAACCGAAGAUUUUGAAGCAUUUGGGACGUCGUCUGAAUGAUGGACAAUGGCAUGAUGUGGUUGUGGAGAAAAGAAAUAGAUCAUUGAAGUUACGAAUCGAUUCGUUGGAAUCUGUUGAAAUGACUGAUUGUCCAACUCCUAAAGUUAUGAAAAAACGAGUUUAUGUGGGAGGAGUCAUUUCGAGACAUAGAAGACAAUUUGGACUAACAACACCUGGAUUUGAUGGAUGUAUUCGAGAUUUUGAGAUGAACAACAAAAUAUAUGACAAUUUGGAUGAGCCAUCAAUUUCCAAGAACGUGAUGCCCUGCGCCAAAGCAUGUAAACUCAAGAGAUCAUCGAAAUCUAAAAGAAAACGGGAUUCUCAAUAA